GGAUUUCAAUUAUGGUCAGUCUUUUUUUCUAAAUAGAAUUUUAAUGGAAAUACAAACAAUUGUUGUCGACAAACAGCUGCCACCGCCGUGCCGCUCUCCGUAUUACCGCCGUCCCUCGCAACCGAAGCCAAUUGUACGACGACCCUUCCAUCCACUGACAGCGUUGCAGGAUGACGACAACCCGGUGGUGGGGUACAAACACUGUAUCUGCUGUUUCACCGUCCGCUCUGCAGUCGCUAUUAGAACUCACCACGUCAAAACUUCAUCGUUGCUACAAAACAGUCUCGAGUGUCGUCCCCACAGUCGUCGCUACAGGACAGUGUCGUAUUCGCAGUUGUUGCAGCCAUCUUGAGUGGACUACACUGCGUUCCAAUAAUUGUUUUCUCGGAUCCGAUUCGCCGUUCGCGCUCUUUCAGCAGACGCCUAGAUUCUUCUAUUUGUCGUCAUCGGCAGCAUGUCAUUCGAAACAGGUCAAUUUUUUUCCGUAUUAUAUUUUUUCGUUAAAAUAUUAAUUAUUCCAGCUUUGAUACUUAUAUUAAUAAUAGGUACUCGUAGUUUUAGGACUAUACUUCCAACCAUCACGACUUAAUCUAGUGACUUCCACGCUGACACCAUCGCCAUCGCCAACGCCAACGCCAAUGCCAAUGCCAACGCCACCACAAAGCCACCGUCCAUUGUAGUUAACGAG